UCCUUUUAGUGUCGCUUGGGAACCCGGACAGUAAGGAUCUCCAUAUUCCUCUUCACCAAAGAAGCAGUCAUGAGAGUUUUGCUAGCGCUCGGUGUCAUUCUGAUGUCCCUCGCGCUUGGUCAAGCGACGAAAUGUUACUUCUCUGUUGAAUCCAAAUACAUGAACACAGCGAGAUUCGAAGUACCGUGUACAUCGCAAUGUGGAAAAUCAUCGGCACCACUGCCCGACGGAAGUGAAAUGACAAUGCGUGCAUGCGUUGACACCUUCGCGCAAAUGUCAUCGCCAGCUGUUUUGAACAAACUACCACCCGAGCAGAGGGUGAAUUUAGAAGGCGUGACCUUCGGGGAAAUACACUCGUGCAGUGGAGAGCUUUGCAACGGGGCGCAUUCGAUCCUAUCGGGAUCCCUACUAUCACUGUGCAUCGGUAUCAUCGUCGCCCUAGUCGCAAUCAAUUGAAGUCAUUCAAUGUUAAAUACGAUUGUUUUUCACGGCUUGUAGUUCAAUUUGCCAAUGUGUCAAUCGGCCGCCGAUUUCUAAGUGUACUUCUAAAAAUAGCCAUGUGAUAUUACGUCCGCCAUCCACUUUUCUUGCUGUGAUCUACGAAUCGCUAAUGCGCACAGAUAUCCAUCUUGCAUUUUAACAAUGAUCAGCAAUCAUUUUGGGAUAAUGCGAGGUUUCGCGAAUUGAAGUUACGAUAACAAUAUUUCUGUAGAUCUAUAUAUUUUCAAUAUACUAAUCUUACAGA